AUGGCGAAAGCCCUGAGCAUCGCAUGCCUGGGCGUGCUUGGCUUCGCCGGUGCCCACAAGCCGCGCACCGACGUGGAGAAGGCAUUCGACAAGUUCUUGAAGGAUUUCAGCAAGGACUACGACGAAGUGGAGAAGCAGGCUCGCUUCGGUGCCUUCGCGGACAACUUCGAGUACAUCACGCGUGAGAAUGCCAAGGGCCAUUCCUACCAGCUCGGUUUGAACGAGUUCUCGGAUUUGUCGCUGGAUGAAUUCAAGAUGAACAAGCUCGGGCUGAAGCUUCCAGAGUCCGUGUGGGGAGAGCUGCCGAGCUUGGGCAUGCACAAGGCAGGCAAUUCCUCGCUGCCCAGCUCCGUCGACUGGCGCAGCAAGGCCGUGACGCCUGUGAAGAACCAGAAGCAGUGCGGCUCAUGUUGGGCAUUCUCUACGACGGGUGCCUUGGAGGGUGCCUGGGCCAUUGCCACGGGCAAGCUUGUCUCGCUGUCUGAGCAGCAGCUGGUCGACUGCUCCAAGAAGUUCGGCAAUGAGGGCUGCAGCGGAGGCCUCAUGGAUAACGGCUUCAAGUACGAGGAGCAGGCACCUGUGUGCACGGAGGACAGCUACCCGUACUUGGCCAAGAAUGGCAUCUGCAAGGCCUCCGGCUGCAAGGUGGGAAUUCCCGCGCACGGCGUCACCGGCUACAAGGACGUCAAGGCCGACGACGAGCAGUCUCUGAUGGACGCUGUCUCGAAGCAGCCUGUGUCCGUGGCCAUCGAGGCAGAUCAGAUGGCCUUCCAGCUCUACAAGGGCGGAGUGCUCAGCAAGACCUGCGGCACCAAGUUGGACCACGGCGUGUUGGUCGUGGGCUACGGAACCGAGGACGGCAAGGACUACUGGUUGGUGAAGAACAGCUGGGGAUCUUCGUGGGGUGAAUCCGGGUAUGUGAAGCUGGAGCGUGGCAAGCCGGGACCUGGUGAGUGCGGCAUCAAGAGCCAGGCAUCCUACCCCGUUGUGUCCGGCAAGGGCCCCUCUCCAUCUCCAUCUCCUCCCUCUCCUCCGUCUCCCCCAUCUCCUCCGACUCCCAGCACCAGCCACUAUGAGAAGCCGCCGUGCCAGAAGGACGAGACCCAGGCUGAGGUGGAGGGUGCCGGUGGCAGCGUGUGUGCCCCCAAGUGCAACACCGGCUCCUGCCCAACGGACGUCCCAGAGGGCACUACCGCCAAGCCCAUGUGCAUCCUUCAGGACGAGAGCAGCGGCGACAAGUACUGUGCCCUGGCCUGCAUUGUGGGUGGCUGCCCCGAUGGCUCCAAGUGCGUUCACCUGUCCAGCCUGCUGGGUGUCUGCAUCUAUCCGGACUCCAGCUCCAGCAUGAAGCUUGGAGUCGCGCCAGAUUCCAGCGAGAUCACGGUCUGA